AUGCCGGCAAGCGUGCCGGCGGCCGCCGAGGAGUCCAAACUGAAGCCGCGCGCGGAAAACAUUGACAGUGAUCAGGAUGCAGAGGGAGAGGAAACCGACUUGUAUCAAAUGGACCAGCAGCUGCAGGACGCUGUGCAUCGCGCAUACACAGGCGAAGUCGCAGGCGAGACGGGGUCUACAGAGUUCGACGAGGACUUGGAUGCAGAGGGAGAGGAAGAUCCCGACGUCAUUCCGAAUGGCGUGGUCGAUGAAGCAGAACCUGUUGGUGCUGUGAAAAUACCGGAAGGAGCUUCAUCGCCAAAUAACGAGGACGACGCGGAGGCGGAAGAUGACCCGGAGUUCAAUGAGAACAGUGAUAGUGAGCGGGAAGCGGAGAGUUCUUCGUCCAGCAGUCGCGACUCAGAUGAGGAGUGGGAAGCGGAAAGCAAUGGGGGUGCGGAGGUCGAAGGCGAUCACAACACUGUCCGAGGGAACUGCAUAUUCUGCAACCAAGACGAAGAUCAUGACCCGAGCGAGGAGUACGAAGAGUAUUUGAGCUGCGCUGUUUGCGGCGAUCACUCUCAUCGGCAAUGUGCCCGCGAAAACAAUGCGCUUAGCGAAGCGGAAGAUGUUGCUCCUUGGAGAUGUCCAACCUGUCAUCAAGAGAAUUUAGAGCCUGGCUCCAAAGAAGACACUUCGCCGCGAAGGAAAAGUGGCCCGAAGAAUAUGCGCAAGGAGCUUUUGCCAGCUCAUAGCGGUACAGACGGCUCUAACUUCCACUCUAUCUUUAAUACCGUGACCGUUGAUGAUGAUCUACUGAACAGCUCACGAUCACUCAGGAAGCGAAAGACACUAUCUGCAGAUGUAGAGGAAAACACCCCUGUUCUUCGCAAACGACAAAGACAAACUCAAACUCCACAGCAACUCGAACAGUCUGAUUCCCAAGAUCAGGCCAAAGAAGAUGCAGAUUCUCUUUCUCCUGUGCGCACCCGUUCUCGGCGCACUACUACUACUCGGAAAGAAGAGCAAGAUAACUGCCGCAUUGUUUCCAAGCAGUUUGGGAAGCUGAUUGUGGCCUUCCGACUACACGAGUCCAAGCUCGCCAAGAUCUUAAAUUCGCGCAGUCGGUCCUCAAUCAGGAAUCGCAAGAUUCCAAAACCACCUUCGGCAGUACAAGAACCGCAGACACAUUUCGCGCCAAUAACGCCUGCGUCAUAUUUCCCUUCUCUCUAUUCCUUCAGCGAUCGUGAGCUGGAAGAGUCAUCAAAAUCAAAACCUUACGGAGGUAUCCUAUCGGAAUCAGACGCCGAUACAUCUAAGACUUUACCGACACAUCUGGACCGCGAACGCUUCGAGAUCGCACGACAGAAAGCCGAAGAAGUAUGGCAACAGCGCUUACUAGAGGCCGAGAGUGGGGUUGAUACAGUGCACCACGCUUCACAGAAAGUUUCUGGGCCUCCGUCCCGAAUCAAGUAUAUUAAUUUUGGCGGUUUCGAGAUUGAGACUUGGUAUGCAGCUCCAUAUCCCGAGGAGUACAGCCGAAAUCGAGUCCUUUACAUUUGCGAAUUUUGCCUCAAGUAUAUGAAUUCCGAUUACGUUGCAUGGCGACACAAACUCAAAUGUCCCGCCAAACAUCCACCCGGCGACGAGAUCUACCGCCACGGCUCCAUCUCAAUAUUCGAAGUUGACGGACGGAAGAAUCCGGUUUACUGCCAAAAUCUAUGCCUGCUCGCCAAACUCUUUUUGGGGUCUAAGACGCUAUAUUACGACGUCGAGCCCUUCCUAUUCUAUGUCAUGACUGAGUUCGACGAUCUUGGUUGCCACUUUGUGGGUUAUUUCAGUAAAGAGAAACGACCCAGUUCUGCAAAUAACGUUUCUUGCAUUCUUACUUUACCAAUCCACCAACGGAAGGGUUAUGGUAACCUUCUUAUCGACUUCUCCUACCUACUCACACGCAUUGAGGGGAAGACAGGUUCUCCGGAGAAGCCUCUGUCAGAUAUGGGCCUGGUGUCCUAUCGGAAUUAUUGGCGGCUCAUCUUGUCAUAUCAUCUUCGGCACCAGAAAACCCCAAUCAGCAUCGCAGAUCUCUCAGAGCGAACAGGCAUGACGGCAGACGAUGUCGUCUCCGGCCUAGAAGCUUUGCGCGCUCUAGUCAGAGAUCCUGUGACGAGGACGUACGCUCUGCGUCUUGACUAUACUUACUUCGAAGAAUGCAUUCGCAGCUGGGAAAGCAAGGGCUACGUUACACUUAAUCCGGACGCAUUGGUCUGGACGCCCUACAUCAUGGGCCGAAAUAACCAGUCGCAGUUUGACCGCGCUCCAAUACAUACUGUUGCACCUCGCGAAGGGCUAGAGGAUGAAGAAGGUGACGAAGGGAAGGAGGUAGCCGAAGAGCCUCUAAAGGAGCCAACGACCUCAAAGCAGAUCGGUAACCCGCUGGCCAAUGGAAAGGGUAUCGCUGCAACUGGCGGGGUACCGCUUGAGCCUGCAGGGCCUCCUUCAACGGAGCUCUUAUCCAAGGCAAAUGGCGUGCGCCAUCAUGGCAUGGUAGAUACGUCGGAUGCAACACCAGCCAAAGUUAGCGCGCAAGCGGAGGCGGACCGUGUCAGUACAAUUCCCGCCUGGCGGUUCGAAGUCUACCCCCCAGUCCAAGCCCCAGUCUCCAAAAAGCGUGCUGGUCGCCCUUUUGGGAGCAAAUCCUAUCAGAGUAAAGCCAUCACUCCUACUACCGCACGCACUAGCGGUCGCAAUACUCCUCGGAAGGCAACCUCUUUAUCGGCCGCUACGCCCACCGCGAACGAAACCAGCGUAAGACGGGGUCGAAGUGCGAAACUAUUCGAUUCCCCUUCGGUAGACUCGACUAGCGUCGCAACCAACGGAUUGGAAGCUGAUCAACUCGACCUUUCAGAAGAAGCAGGAGCAAACAGUGGAAGAGACACCGCUGCCCUCACUAACGGGCCGAUAGAGCCCGACUUUCGAGACGCGGUCGAGACUCCAGCCGAGGAUGACGAGGCGCCCUUGACGAAUGGUGCCAUUGCACCUGAAGCUGCGACAGAGCAGCAAGGCCCAACUACUCCUUCAAAGGGGAAGGCUCCCGAGGGCAACGCCAAACUAACCCGCUCCGUGAGUCGAAAAUCUGUGGUCGAGAAGAUUGAAAUGCUCAUACCUGCGGAAGACGAAGGCGUUGAAAUGAGCGAGGGCCACGGCGACAUGGAAGGAAGUGAGGCCGAUGCGGAGGGAGAUAUUGUUAUGGAGGAGACAUAA